GGGGAAGACCCGGAAAUGCCCGAAGUAGCCCGGAAAGAGUCGCCGACCCAGAGUGGCAGCUUCGCCACUCCCUCCUCCCCGUCCCACAAGAGGUUCUGGACGCCGAACGUCAAGAGUCUCCGAAAAGCAACGACUCUUAACGAAGAGUGGGCGGACAUUAACGAGCGAGUUCGAACGCGGUGUCGGAGGUCACCUCAGAGCGCCGAGGCCGUCUCCGGAAGUUCCCGAACGCCCCCGAAGUUCCGGGGAGGGCAGGCAGCAGCGCCACACAAGAUGGCGGACGGGGAGGAGGUUACUCUGGACGGGAGGCCGCUUCAGGCGUUGAGGGUCGCCGACCUGAAGGCGGCUUUGGAGCAGCGUGGCCUGGCUAAGAGCGGGCAGAAGAGCGCGUUGAUUAAGCGCCUCCGUGGGGCCCUGAUGCUUGAAAAUCUCCAGAAGCAUUCGACCCCCCACACCACCUUCCAACCCAAUUCCCAGAUUGGGGAAGAGAUGAGCCAGAACAGCUUCAUCAAGCAGUACCUGGAAAAACAGCAGGAACUGCUGAGGCAGCGUCUAGAACGGGAAGCUCGGGAGGCUGCUGACCUAGAAAGCAAAAGCUGCGUCAUCUCCCGAGAGAGGGAAGAGUCAGACGAAGAAGAGCCCAGAAGACCAGAGCAACAUCCCUCUCGGGUCAGGCAGGCCAGAGCAGUGAAGACUGCAGGAGGCGGCCACACUCUGGCUAGCGAAGAGCGGGAGACUUCCCUUCGAAGUCGGAGGGCUGCCCAGCAGGUCCCUGUAGAAGAGGAGGAGGAGGAGGAAGAAGAGGAGGAGGAGGAGGAAGAGGAGGAGGAGGAAGAGGAGGAUGCUCCCCCUUUGCUGGUCGGCCAGACGCCCAUGAGGCCGGAGGAGCCUGGCAUGCCAGCUCCCCAAGAGACUGGCAUGUACCAGGCUUCCCUGCCCAUUGUUCUGCAGACCCAGCAAAAGGAGGGUCGAUCCCAGACGCCAGACACCCCGGGCUGCGAAGCCGCCAUGCCGCUCCUCUCGCACCCGCAGAGGCCAGGAGAGGGGGAGGCCCUGCCCACGGGGCCAGCACACGUGGAAAAGCAGCGGGCAGCUGUGACACGGGGGGAAGCCUUGGAGGCCCAGGAAGUGGAGCCAUCCCAGGCAGCCUUGACAGAGGCUGUGGCCCAGUUACCAGAAGCCUUGAAAGUGGGGUCUGAGGAAGACCCGGGCCUUCAGAAGGAGCAGAGGCCGGCUGACCUCUCUGAGGCCCACAAGGAGGAGGAGGCGGACCAGGGCACAGCCCCGGCUGCUUCGUUGCGGCCCCGGCAGGCAGUGGACGAGCCCCAGAGCGAGGAAGGCCAGGAGGAGGCCGCCGAGGCGCUGCGCAGCCUGGAGGAGGAGGCCACCGCUGCUGCCGCGGCACUGGUGCAGGCGUCCCCUUCUCCCCCACAGCUGAUUGAAGCACAGCAGGCCCAGCAGGACCCCCGGGGGGAUGAGCCGCCUCCCCCGCUCCUGACCAAGGAGGCCCCCGCGGGACUCGCCCCCGCCGAAGACGAAGCCCCUCCUCAGCUCUCCCAGCCAUCCCCCCCAUCUCAGGAAGCACCGGCGAGGGCCAGCCUAGGAGCCCCGCCAUCCCCUCUGGCGCUCCCGCCACAUCAGCGGGCACCACCCAGCAGCUCGCGCUCCUCUUCCUCCUCGGCGUCCAGCUCCUCCCGGUCCCGCUCUCGCUCCCCGGGCAGCUCGCCACCCCGAUCCCGUGCAAGGAGGCCCCGCUCUGGUUCCUCCGAAUCCCCUGCUCGGAAGCGCCGGGAUUUGGGAUCCCGGUCCCGCUCCGUCUCUGAGCGGCGCAGCAGUUCGUGCUCCAGGUCCCACUCCAGAUCUCGCUCUGGCAGCGGCGGCAGCAGCAGCAGCAGCAGCAAGUCCCGCAGCCGUGAAGCUUCGAGGGACAGCUUCCCCCACACCAAAGAGUCCUCCCCACCAGGGGAGUGGUUCCCACCCCACAGCCCCAAGGCCCAGCAAGAGAUACCAUCAAGCCCUAGGAAAGAGGGGAGAACCACCCCCUCCCCUCCCCUGGACCCUCAGAGACAUCACAGCCACACGCAGCAGCAGCAGCCACCAGUGCGCAGCCUGGAGACUGAGAGCACAUUUCCGGAGCGAGGCAGCCCAAAGCCUCUUUUCCCAGCGGAGGUGUCUGGCCUAGACAGUGGGGGUCCUGCCUCUGAGCCACAGCGCCUGACAGAGCCACAGCGCAGCAAAAACGAGGAGAAGCAAACCGUGCCAAUGGAGGUGUCAGAGCCCCACCCGGAGAAUGAGGCCCUCGAACCCGGUGGCCCCGAUGAUCAGCCCUCUGCAGACCCCCCUGGCCCUGAAGCGGGUCCUGAAGAUGAGGAGAAGAAAGAGCCCAACCAAGCACGCACCUUUCAGGCCAGGGAGGGCUCGUUCCGAUUGGACCAGCCGUUGCCUAGAUACAGCGCACACACUGAGGUGCGAUUGGCUGAACAGAAGACCCUGCCCCAGGGUUCCGUUCAACCCAAGGCCUUCAAGAGGAAGAUCUCUGUUGUCUCGUCCUCCGUGGCCAAGGGGACCAUAGCCACGAAUAGUGACACGGAAGGAGGCCAGCCAGGAGGCCGCAAGCGGCGCUGGGGGGCAAGCACAGCCGCCACCCAGAAGAAGCCUUCGAUCAGCAUCACCACAGAGUCCCUCAAGAGCUUGAUCCCCGAGAUCAAGCCGGCAGCAGGAGGGCAAGAGGCCGUGGUGGAGCUCCAUGCCGACGACUCACGCAUCUCCGAAGACGAAGCCGAGCGCCACCUGGAGGAGCCGGCCCAUGAGAAAGCGCUCAAGAUCUGCCGCACGGUCACACAGGUGGUGCCAGUCGAGGGCCAAGAGAAUGGCCAAGGGGAGGAGGAGGAGGAGGAGGAGGAAGAGGAGGAGAAAGUUCAUGAGGAAGAGCAACCGGAGGUUCCCCCCGUUGUUGCCGUAGAGACGGUGGUGCUGCCUCCGCCUGUAGAGCACGAAGUGAAAAAAGGUACCGGAGGGCGACUGGCGGAGCAGCGGGGGAAGUCGGCCGUGCAGGCGCAGUCACCUUUGAGUUUCUGUGUUCCCUCGCCCCGCCCCACAGUCACGUUGAGCGACACGCUCACCCGGCGGUCCAUUAGCCAGCAGCGCUCUGGCGUCUCCAUCACCAUCGACGACCCCGUCCGCACGGCCCAGGUCCCCUCCCCGCCACGCGGCAAGGUCAGCUGCAUCGUCCACAUCUGCAACCUGGUGAGGCCCUUCACUCUGGGGCAGCUGAAGGAGCUGCUGGGCCGGACGGGCACCUUGGUAGAGGAGGCUUUCUGGAUUGACAAGAUCAAGUCACACUGCUACGUCACGUAUUCAACAAUGGAAGAAGCCGUGGCAACUCGAAACGCCCUCCAUGGGGUGAAGUGGCCGCAGUCGAACCCCAAGUUUUUAUCAGCAGAUUUUGCUGAGCAAGAUGAGCUGGACUUCCAUCGCGGUCUUCUGGCCGACCGCCCUGCAGAGGCCAAGGCAGAUGAAGCGCCCACCUUCCCGGGGGCUGGGCCGGCCACGCGGGGGGAACGGGAGCUGUCCCGGCGCUCCGAGGCACGGGAGCGUGAGGCGGCCGUGCGGGAGCAGUGGGCCGAGCGGGAGCGAGAGAUGGAACGCCGGGAGCGGACCCUGGCGGAGCGGGAGUGGGACCGGGACAAGGUGCGCGAGGGGCCCCGCUCUCGCUCCCGGUCCCGAGAGAGACGCCGCAAGGAGCGGCCCAAAUCGAAGGAGAAGAAGGCGGAGAAGAAAGAAAAGGCCCAGGAGGAGCCCCCGGCUAAACUCCUCGACGAUCUCUUCCGCAAAACCAAGGCGGCCCCCUGCAUUUACUGGCUGCCCCUCACGGACAUCCAGUGUGUCCAGAAGCAGGCCGAGCGGGCAGCCAGGGCUCGAGAGCGCGAGCGCCGCCGCAAGGAGCUGGAAGCUGAGGAGGCCCGCCAGCGGGAGCGCAGCCGCCAAGCCGAGCGGGACAAGCGGCGGGAGCACAGCAGGGAGCGGGAGCGCCCCAACGCCACCAGUAGUGGGGCCAGCCGGGCAGGCGAGCGCAGCGGCCGAGAGCGGGAACGGCGCGAGGCCAAAAGCCGCCACAGCCGGAGCCGGAGUCGUAGCACGCCUGUACAGGACAGAGGGGGGCGCCGCUGAGCUAUUCCCCAACCUUCCUUUUGACCUUCUUGGGGGGGGGAGACGGUGGCGGCAGCAGGUCCCCAAAUGGAGCUCCGAGUUUGCGGGGAAGGAGGAGCAAUGGGGAAACCAGCCGAGGGGGGGGUCAAGUUUCUUUUUCCACCACCACCAGGAGGGCAGAGAGGGGUUGGGCGUGGCGGGCGGCUGGCCGAGGUGGCAGGGCUCUUCCUCCCCUGCCCGGGGAUAGUUGGAUUCCCAGCCCUUCCACUCCCUCUUCUGGAGCCGGUGUCCUUCCCAUUGAUUUGUAUUUUAUUUUGGGAAAAUGUUUUUUUUAUUCUUCUGAUGAUACAGGAAAGAGAGCAUAAUAAAGAGAUGGCAUUAGUUUUAAA